AUGGAUGAAACUGGAAUAACUACAGUGCAAAAACCCAACAAGCCAGCCAAAGAAGCUUUGCCAUUAGCCUGUACUCCGAAAAACAUUCAAUCCGGUUUUCAAGUAACUGGCAUAUCUCCGUUGAAUCGGAAUAUUUUUACUGAGGAUGAUUUUUUACCAAGUUAUCCAACCGAUAGACCUCUGGAAUCCACAAAUAUUAAUCAAGAAGAUAAUGAUUCAAAUUUGGUCGAUGAUACAUUUGAGAAUAAUAUCACUGUAGCUGACCGAGUAGCUGCUGAGCAUCAUAUUACUGCUUUAUCGGAUAUUGCUACUGAUUCGCUUCCUCCAGAAGAAAUAAAAAUGAGCAACGGCAAUAAUAGUGUUCAGUGUGGAAAAUCGCGUAAUGAAAUUCAGAGUGAGUUUGGUCUACCAGAAUCAACCUAUUAUAAAAUUAUCAAGUCAAGAGACUCUAUAAAGUCUCAGUGCUCUGAAGGACACGGAAAUAUUAAGAGGAGUCGACAUUCCGAGUUCCCCGACAUUGAAAACUGCCUUUUAGAAUGGAUCAAACAAACCCUUAAUAAGAACAUCCCCAUAGAUGGACCCCUGUUGAAAAAAAAAUCUAAAGACUUUGCCACAAGAUUGGGAUAUCAGAACUUUUCGGCUAGUAAUGGCUGGUUAGAAGGUUUUAAAAGACGUCAUGAUAUAGCUUUCAAAAAAGCCGCUGGAGAAAGUAGAUCUGUAGACCAAAGCGUGUGUAACCGAUGGACUGAAGAACUGCCAAGUCUCUUGAAGGGGUAUGAUCCAAACGACAUUUACAAUGCGGAUGAGACAGCUCUAUUCUUCAAGUGUCUUCCUGAUAAAACAUUCACAUUUAAGGGCGAAAAAUGUCAUGGAGGUAAACAAAGUAAGGAACGUCUUACUAUUCUUCAAUGCGUUAACAUGACCGGUACUGAUAAGCUACCUCUUUUAAUGAUAGGGAAAUCAAAACGACCUAGAUGUUUCAAAGGUGUCAAGACUUUACCUGUUGAUUAUGCAAGUAACACAAAAGCUUGGAUGACCAAGAUAUUAUUCAAGGAUUGGUUGAAAAACGUCGACAAGAAAAUGAUGAUGAAAAACAAAAAAAUCCUGCUUUUCAUUGACAACUGUGCUGCCCACAAUGACUUACCAACAUUCGAAAACGUAAAAGUCAUGUUUUUGCCUGCCAACACCACCAGUCAACUUCAACCUUUAGAUCAAGGUAUCAUUCACACAUUCAAACGCUUUUACCGCAGAGAAGUUGUUCAACACACCCUUACGUGUCUCGAAGCAAGCAAUAACCAUGAUAUUGACGUACUCCUAGCCAUGAAAUUUGCAAGGAAAGCAUGGUACAAAGUAAGUGACGUUACUGUCAAGAACUGUUUCAAGAAGGCUGGAUUUUGUAUCAGCACAGAUAAACAGGAAUUUAUACCUGAGGAUAAUGAAGUUGAAGCUGGACCUAGCAAUGAGGAUUGGGCCAAGCUUGUGUGUCACGAAUAUACUGGUGAUGUGUUAACGCCAACCUUUGAAGACUUUGUACAAGUUGACGACCUCCUGGCUACCGCUGGAGAAUUUACCGAUGACGAUAUCGUGCACAAUUUCGCUACAACGUGUACUGACGGAAAUGACAGUGAAGAUGAAGCCGACCAAUUGCAGACUUUGGAUACAGAAUGCAGGAUUGGUGAAAGUCUACAUUAUAUUCGUGACCUUAAUACUACAACUGGGUAA